AUGUAUUGUACAAGAAAACAUCUCCUUUAUGAUAAAAGCUAUAUUAUCACAUUAAAUCAAGAUAGUAUGAAUAUAGGAGAAGUAAUUUAAUGAUUAUUAACUCAGUCUACCUAACAUACGAAGUAUACAAUUGCUUUGAAACUAUAAACUGUAAUUGAUUGGAAAAUCUCCUAGGAAGAUUUCUAAUUGGUAGCAUUUUGCAUAGAUUGGAAAAAUAAACAGAAGUACUUCUAUGCUGACCAGAAUGUCCUUCUCAGAGUAAAGAAUUAUCUGGCAGGAAGAGUAACUUUUAAAAACAUAGAUUAUUUCUACAAAUAAGUAGGAAAAAUAGAGACCAGAGAAUUAAGUUCGGUAUUUAAUCCUAUAUAUUAGUUGAUAGGUAUACACUAUCUAGGCAUUAGACAAUAAUGUUGUUUAUGUGUGCAAAGAGUUGAAUCGAUAGAAAUAGUACGCCUACGAAGUACGAUUAUAUUCAAAUCUUAGUUAUUUCAAAAUGAAGUUGAAAUUUUGGGACAAUUAACUCAUCAAAACAUCGUAAAAUUGAUAGAAGCCUAUACCAAAGAAACUUCAUAUUUAAUAGUAUUAGAAUUUUUAAAAGGCGGAACUCUUAGCCAGUGUCUGAAAUAUUGCAGGAUGUCAAUAAUUGAAAUAGAAAUAAUAACGAAAGUAAGAUUGUUUUAACGAAUUUAGUAAAUUUUAGAGGCACUUUGUUAUUUACAUGAAAAAGGUUUUGUUCAUAGGGACAUAAAGCCCGAAAACAUUCUUUUUUGUGAAUUGGGAUAAUUUUGCCAUCUGAAGCUUAUUGAUUUUGGAAUCUCUUGCAAGAGUAAAGAUUUAUAAGAUGAUUUAUAAAUGACUUUUGGAACUCCUGGUUAUAUGGCACCAGAGAUUUUAUAGAGAAAAAAUAGAAGAAACAUAUCAGAAAAAAUAGAUGUUUUUAGCUGUGGGGCCAUAAUCUAUUACAUGUAAGUGUGAUAUUUAUUUGUAAGGUUAACAGGAGCAAAGUUAAUAUCUGGAAUAAACUAGUAAGAACUCUGUCAAAACAACAAGGCUUUUACUUUAAACUACCAAAUUCUACAAAAAAUACAGUAAAAAAACUUUAGGGAUUUAUUAUCGAAAAUGAUCACUGAAGAUCCAGAUUAAAGAAUCGAUGCAAGACAAGCUCUAAAUUAUUUAAAAUUAAUGAGCAUCCCAACAAACACUUCCCUUUCUAUUUCGUUGCACUCUUCAUAUGAUCAUAUUCAAGAGUUACCAAACUUCAAAAAAUUAAUUGCAAAAAAUUGAC